GACCACCUCGCCCUUCCCUCCAACACAUAUCGCCAGCAAUCACAAUGGGUGGAGUCUCAGUCAAGGACGUCGACGCGCAGAAGUUCAUCAACGCCUAUGCUGCGUUCUUGAAGCGCCAGGGAAAGCUCCCCAUUCCAGGCUGGGUCGACACAGUUAAGACUGGACACUCCAAGGAGCUCCCUCCCCAGGACAUCGACUGGUACUACGUCCGCGCCGCUGCCGUCGCUCGCCAUGUCUACAUGCGCAAGACCGUCGGUGUUGGCCGCCUGAGGAAGCUUCACGGUUCCACCAAGAACCGUGGCUCGCGCCCCUCCCACCACGUCGACGCCUCCGGUUCCGUCGACCGCAAGGUCUUCCAGUCCCUCGAGAAGAUCGGUGUCCUUGAGCAGGACGAGGACAAGGGUGGCCGCCGCAUCACCCAGGCCGGCCAGCGUGAUUUGGACCGUAUCGCCCAGACCACCCUCGAGGCCGAGGAGGAGGACGAGGACGACGAGUAGACGUUUACACAACGGACGGCUAGACAACUGAGGAGCGCCGCGCCGACAGCAGAUGCUGCGCGCGGCCGUGGGUCAUCUACGGGUUACGGCUUACGGCGUUCAUGAAUGCGCUAGGCUUGGGAGCCUCGGGCGUCGAAAAAUGAAAGUGGGCUUUGCCUAAUGCAUUAUCAAUGAUACCAACUCUUCGAUUCUUUGUGAAGACCGGCCUGUGUUAAUGCGUA